AUGGUAGAUUUAGUAACUCGGCUACUCGUUCGUCAAGAGAUUUCAUUUAUUCCUACAAUCCAAUUAAGAGCUUCAAUCUAUGGUGCAAUCAUCGGAGAAUUAGUGUUUACUUCGUACUUCGCAGCUUCAAAUUAUGAUGAAAAACCAUUUUUUAUUUAUGAACCGAUACCAAUUCCGUUUAACCAUGCACAUAAACGUGUUAGACUUGCUCAAAUGCCAGCAUACAUAGGAAUUCAUCCAGAUUCUCGUCAGUUUGUUCGAUGGUCCCGAGAAGAAGCAGAAUAUUGUUGUUUUGAAGUGAUGACAUCAUGCAGUAUAACACCAGUUAUCCAAAGAGAUCUUCAGGACACGUGCAUUUAUCAAGUUUUAACUGAUACACCGCUAACAGCAUGCCGCAUUGAACCUUAUCCAGAUUUAGUAUUUGUACAUAAAAUUGGAGAUUAUUGGGCAAUCUCCACGAACUCGACUACAAAAUGUCA